CACACAUAAAAUAUUUUAGAGUUUUCGAUUAUUUCUGUAUCCAGUUAUAUUUGGAAAGUAUCACUAUAUCUAAGGUCCCCCAAUCCCAAUUGAAUGAGCGAUUCACGUGUUUACUAAUUCCACUUCAACAUAGUCUAACUAUAAUCCAAGCAAAUCUGCACUCAAAUAGAUUGCUGCCUGAAUCUGGACCACUUCUCCGAUAUCGAUGGCAUCUCCCAUGUCUCAAAAAAUAUCGAAAUUCAUGACUACAAACUUGAAAAUAAUUCAAUGACAAAUAGUAUUUAACAGCUGAAAAUCUGACCGUAAGUUGGUCCUACUAAUUUUGUUCACCUGAGAUUAAAUGUGUGGAGGACAAAAAAUAGAUUAAGAGCCUCAUAUAAAUUGGCGUUGAAAUCCAUUUAGAUACUCUUCCAUAUAAUUUCUAGUUACAUUCCUCGACCAUUUGGAUUAUUAAAAAUAAGUUACAGAAUAAAUAAAAAAUAUAAAAAAAUGGCUGCAUCAACUUCUAUAGGUUUGUUUCUCUUUGUAGGAUUUCUAGUCGCAAGAACCAAAGCAGGGCCAAUCGAUGUCAAAACUAAAGGUGCCAAGGGCGAUGGCGUCGCCAAUGAUGCAGAAGCGAUUAUGACUGCAUGGAAAGAGGCUUGUGAUUCCCCAAACCCAUGUCAGGUGGUGAUCCCACCGGGAACAUAUAUGGUGUCUUCUCCACUUACAUUAUCAGGUCCAUGCAAGAACCCUAUUGAGAUAAAUGCAAAUGGAGCCACCCUCAAAGCCCCAUCGGAUCCUACCGGCAUAAAAGGACCAGGUUGGAUCAUGUUUAAAAAUGUCGAUAAGAUGACUUUAUCUGGAGGUAUCUUCGAUGGACAAGGCCAGGAGGCUUGGAAGACAAACAACGCUGCCAAAACCGGAAAGUGCGACUUACCAUAUAACUUCAGAUUCGAUAUGGUGAAGGCUUCGUUCAUUAGAGGUAUAACAUCAAUGAACAGCAAACACUUUCACAUGAAUUUUCUUGGGUGCGACGGAACAACCGUUGAGAAAGUGACGAUUGAAGCACCGGCGGAGAGUCUGAACACAGACGGGAUGCAUAUCGGGAGAACAAAUGGUCUCAACAUUACCGAUUGCACUAUAAAAACAGGCGAUGAUUGUGUCUCCAUUGGUGAUGGAAGCUCGAAUAUCCAUAUCGAGAAAAUAAAAUGUGGACCUGGACAUGGCAUCAGUAUCGGAAGCCUGGGUAAGUACCCGGAUGAAGCACCGAUUGACGGAAUCUUUAUCAAGGGUUGCACGAUGACCGGCACCGAUAAUGGUCUCCGGAUCAAGACGUGGCCUGGUUCACCACCUGGAAAAGCAGUCAACAUGCAUUUCGAUGAUGUUCAAAUGGAAAAUGUCGGAAACCCUAUAUUAAUCGAUCAAGAAUACUGCCCUUAUGUCGGUUGUAAACCUGAGACCAACUCCUCAAAGGUGAAAAUUGCAGACGUUUCGUUUAAAGGAAUCAGGGGUACGUCUUCCACAAAAGCAGCGAUUAGGCUACUGUGCAGCAAAGACAUACCAUGCGAGAAGGUGGAGUUGGCUGAUAUCGACUUGAAAUACGAGGGAAAAGAAGGAGCAGGUGCCAUCUCGGAGUGUAAAAACGUGAAACCAAUGACCACCGGAAAAAUCAUCCCCGAGGCAUGUGCAGCACCAGUAGAACCCUUUAAAGAAAAAGGUGGCGAAGCCGAUAGCAGCAGUUAGCCGUUGAUGAUCGCUGCUCUGUUUCAUCGUGUAAUUAAGUAGUGGCGGUAUGAUUGUAAUCGAUUAAUUACUAGAUGACCAAAUGCAGUUUGUGCGUGAAUAUUCGUGUAUCGGUUAUAUCAUUGUUGUUUUAUAUUAUUUCUGGUCAGUGUAUGUAUACCGUCAUUAGACAAUCAAAAAUGAUAAUUAAAAAUUCA